CCCGCGGUGGCAGUCCCUGCCCACCUAGCUGGGACCCUAGAUCGUUCUGUAAGCAACUUGGAGCCAGAGAGGAGGAGACCAACAGGGAGGAGAGAGCCAGGCCCCUCAGACCAGCCACCCRGCAGCAGCCUGUGCCCAGCGGACACCGCCGCCGGCCAGACUCAGGGCGGCCCCUCCUGGCAACUCUGCUCCUCCCUAAGGAUGCUUUGGGAGUGAGGCGAGGCCGCCCGCUCCUCACCCGUGCAGCACCCCCUCCCGCUCUCCUGCGUCUCAGGGAGCUUGCAAGGCUCCUGCCUGCCCUUCAACCCAGCUGUUGCCCAUCUCAGGUCCAGCAAAGUCUUUCUGAUACCUGGGAGAGGGCAGUAAGGCGGACUUCCUGGAGGGGGUGACAGCCCACAGCCUGGGACCCUGCCCACAACAGAAGCCAUGAGCAGAGAGGACAUCAUGCAGCUUCCAGGUGUGACGCCAGCUCUGGUCCUCAGAGGCCAGUUGCUGUUGCUGCCCAUGCUGUUGCUGCUAGGUCCACAGACCUCCCAGGGCCUGACCAUCAUGCCCCCGGGGCCAGAGCUUGUACUUAAUCUCUCAAGUACCUUUGUUCUGACCUGCCUGGGUUCAGCUCCAGUGGUGUGGGAACGGCUAUCUCAGGUGCCUCAGCAGAAAGUGUCCAGGACCCAGGAGGGCACCUUCUCCAGCAUGCUAACCCUGGCCAAUGUCACUGGAGGUGACACAGGAGAGUACUUUUGUACCUACAACAGCUCCCUUGGGCGGGAGCCCAGUGAGCGGAAGCGGCUCUACAUCUUUGUGCCYGAUCCCUCCAUGGGCUUCCUCCCUAUGGAGCCCGAGGACCUAUUCAUCUUUCUCACGGAAAUAACUGAGACCACAAUUCCAUGCCGAGUGACAGACCCCCAGCUAGUGGUGACACUGCAUGAGAAGAAAGAGGACAUUCCGCUGCCUAUCCCCUAUGACCACCAACGAGGCUUCUCUGGUACCUUUGAGGACAAGACCUACAUCUGCCGAACCACCAUUGGGGAGAGGGAAGUGGAUUCCGAUGCCUAUUACGUCUACAGCCUCCAGGUUUCCUCCAUCAAUGUCUCAGUGAAUGCAGUGCAGACUGUGGUUCGCCAGGGUGAGAACAUUACCAUCAUGUGCAUUGUGACGGGGAAUGAGGUGGUCAAUUUUGAGUGGACCUACCCCCGCAUGGAGAGUGGGCGCCUCGUAGAGCCAGUGACAGAUUUCCUCUUUGAUGUGCCCUCCCACAUUCGCUCCAUCCUGCACAUCCCCAGUGCUGAGCUGGAUGACUCAGGGACCUACAUCUGCAAUGUGUCAGAGAGUGUGAAUGACCAUCGAGAUGAAAAGGCCAUCAAUGUCACUGUGGUCGAGAGCGGCUACGUGCGGCUUCUGGGAGACUUGGGCGCUAUACAAAUUGCUGAGCUGCACAGGAGUCGGACACUACAAGUGGUGUUCGAAGCCUACCCGCCACCCACUGUGCUGUGGUUCAAGGACAACCGCACUCUGGGCGAUUCCAGCGCCGGGGAGAUCGCCCUGUCCACGCGCAAUGUGUCUGAGACCCGGUAUGUAUCGGAACUGACGCUGGUGCGGGUGAAGGUGGCAGAGGCUGGCUACUAUACCAUGCGGGCCUUCCAUGAGGAUGCUGAGGCCCAGCUUUCCUUCAAGCUGCAGGUCAAUGUCCCUGUCCRUGUGCUGGAGCUGAGCGAGAGUCACCCUGCCAACGGGGAGCAGACAGUCCGCUGUCGGGGCCGAGGCAUGCCCCAGCCAAAUAUCACCUGGUCUACCUGCAGAGACCUCAAAAGGUGUCCACGCGAGCUGCCGCCCACACCGCUGGGGAACAGUUCCGAGGAGGAAAGCCAGUUGGAGACUAAUGUGACAUACUGGGCGGAGGAGCAGGAAUAUGAGGUGGUGAGCACGCUGCGCCUGCGCCACGUGGAUCAGCCACUGUCGGUGCGCUGCAUGCUGCACAACCCACUGGGCCAGGAUGUGCAGGAGGUUACCGUGGUGCCGCAUUCCCUUCCCUUCAAGGUAGUGGUGAUCUCAGCCAUYCUGGCCUUGGUGGUUCUCACAAUCAUCUCCCUCAUCAUCCUCAUCAUGCUCUGGCAGAAGCCCCCAGCUCCUGAGAGGACUUGUCGGGCCACUUUGAUCAACGAGUCCCCAGUGCUUAGCUACACAGACCUUGUGGGCUUCAGCUACCAGGUGGCCAAUGGCAUGGAGUUCCUGGCCUCUAAGAAUUGUGUUCAUCGGGACCUGGCAGCCAGGAAUGUGCUCAUCUGUGAGGGCAAGCUGGUCAAGAUCUGUGACUUUGGCCUGGCUCGAGACAUCAUGCGGGACUCAAACUACAUCUCCAAAGGCAGUGUGAGUACCUACMACCCUGGGGAUGGUGACCAUGCACCUCUGACCCCAGGAUCAGGCUCCUUCCCCACGGAGCAGAAGUACCAGCAGGUGGACGAGGAGUUUCUCAGGAGUGACCACCCAGCCAUCCUGAGGUCCCAAGCCCGCUUCCCUGGAUUCCACAGCCUCCGAUCUCCCCUGGACACCAGCUCUGUCCUCUAYACUGCCGUGCAGCCCAGCGAGGGUGACAACGACUAUAUCAUCCCCCUGCCUGACCCCAAACCAGAGGCUGCUGAUGAGGGUCUGCUGGACGGUUCCCCCAGCCUCGCCAGGUAGCC